GCGCGCGCCGUAUCGAAAUCGAUAAAAAUUGUCGUCGCUCUAAAGGGCGAAGUGUGAACUUAGUUAUAACACUACUGUCGACUGCAGCAAUUUGUUGGAUUUGAUCUCGUGUCGGACUGGAACCCGGACUCCACCAGUUUUCAGCCACUGUCUGGGAAUGUGGACUUCGAUCUGCCCGGCCACUCAUCAGGUUAGCUGAGCUGGUCGGCCUGAUUUCCAGACUUGGCCUUUCAGUGAAUUUCUCCCGUCUUUUUAUUAUUAUUAUUAUUAUUUUAAUGGACCGACAGAUUAAUUUACGGUUUGUUUUUCGCCCUCGUGGCUUCACUGAAAGGGAAAUAGGGAGUCGCACAAGCGAGUCGAUUUCGACAUUAUUUAAAAUAUUAUAACGAUCAGAUUGGAAGGUAUAACUUUCACUUACACUACUGGGAUUAAGGCUUUCACGAAUUCUGAAACAAUUUUUACACCUUUCUUUGGGUUGAAAAUGUCAUUCAGAGCUCUGAAGUUUAAACCGAAGCCUAAAAUUGCAGGUGUGCCGAGCAGUAACAACCGGUCGGCUACCAAUGUUCGCAGGACAGAAGAUGAUUCGGCACAGCCGGCUUUGCAGGACGUACAACCAGAAAAAGAAAUAGUAACGGAGAAUCGCCAUGAACCAAAAAAUACCGAAAAACCUGAAGUCUGUGUGGAUCGUGUCGAUCAGAAUCUUUCUGAAGCGAAGUCGAGUGAAGAUCGUCGAGAAGUUACAGUUACAGUUUCUAAAGAAAACGAUCCAGUGAACAAUGUGACAAAGAUAGCUGAUACAGUUUCUAAAGUAAACACUCCAGUGAUCGAUGUGACAAAGGCUGCUGAAGUCAGUUCGAACGAUCAGGGGUCGCAGACUGCACCAAAAACUGUGCGUGGGUUGACUUUUAAACCGAAACUCUCUGUGAUCGAUAGGCUCGAUAGAACUACCAAGUUCUCUUCGUCGACGUACGGCAAGAUGAGCCAUGAAGCGAGGCAACAAAUGCUGAAGAAGUUCGGGACUUUGACACCGGAUCAUCAAAAUUUGACGAUGCUCGAUCUCAUUUAUUUCAACCCGAAAGACAACCCGAUGAAACACAGGUCGGAACCGAAAUGUAUAAAAGAUGGCAAUACAAAAUUGCCCUCGACCGAGUUGAGUUGCGACGAUGAAGAGAGAAAAGAAGAAGAGCGAGUCGACGACGAAGGGCUGGAAUCGACUGUGCCAGUGCCUCAGUUAAAAAUAUCUCCAGACGGUUCGGUGAUGAUUGCACCUGAGAGUCUUAUUUUGAGGAAAAAAAACCCUGAUGAGAAGAGGUCGAUCAUCGGAGAGGAUGAAUUUACCAAGAGGAGAGCCAGAAAGAAUCCCAAUCGUCAAAAAUGGACUUUUGAAGAAACUGUCAACUUUUAUAAAGCUCUCAACACAAUAGGAUCGGAUUUUGAAACGAUGAAGUCAAUUUUUCCAGACAGGUCGCGUAAAAGUUUAAAAUGCAAAUUCAAGAGGGAAGAAAGAAUCAAUGGAAGAUUAGUGGAUAAAAUGUUAGGUACCCAAUACGCCAAAUUUGAUUUGGAAAAGUUAAAGGAAGAAUUAGCAGUCGGUGCUGUCUAUCACACUAGCCUGAACAAUAUAAAAAAGAAUAGAAUCGAGACUGUUGUAAAAAAUCCUGUGAAAGAAGUAAAAGUCAAAGAAGUCAAAGUAAAACCGAAAAAAAAGAAAAGGCGUAAUAAGAAAUUUGAUGGUAAUGUAGAAUUUGAUAACAAAGAAGGUAGUGUUGAAAAAUGUAAUAUGAAGCUGACUGACAAUUCAAAUGAAAAUAAACAAACACAAAAUAAAUUAGGGGAUGAUCUGUUCACACCGUCAAGUUCCGAAUCGGAGUGUGAAAUGCCUAACGGAAAACGAAAAAAAGGACAUAAUCUUAGGUUUGUCAAAAACUUAUUGAGAUUAGAAGAUUUGAAUAGUUUUAAAAGUGGUAGUGAUAACAUUAUUAUUAACACGAACAUAAAUCUUAACGGUGUAAAAUACAGUCAGUCCAUAACGUACAACCCCAACAAUCUUGAUCACCCAGUGGAUGUGAACGAAACCAUAUGUCAUUUUGAACAAAUUUUGGAUGAUGAUGAAGUUUCAAUUUCAAACAAUAAUGAAUCAGAGCCCGUUGACGACCCUAGUGACUGUUUGGAGGAUGAACAUAUCGACUGCCCCGAAUGGACUGAAAGUGGCCAAGAAAUUGAAAAUGAUGUUCCCAAAUAGUUCAUUUCAUUGUAAAUGUGUAACUACACUUCUAUCUGUGAUGAAUAAUUUAAUUUAAUAAAUGGAGAUUUAUUAUUAAAUAAAGGAAGAUAUUUUUUUUAUUUUA